AUACGAUCUAUAUUGCCGAUUUUCUUUAGAUUCUCUACACAGUUGAAGCAAUGUCGCCGGUCACAUACGAAACAACCCCUCAUGGGAACAGGACUCUACCUCAAGCACUUGACGACCUAGCAACCUCCAUUCCGGAUCGUCUUUAUGCUUCUGUUCCUAGGGACCGCGAUCUUUCUAAUGGAUUUGCCGAUGUCUCCUGUGGUGAUAUGGCUCGAUGUGUCAAUUUCACGGCCCACUGGAUCUCGACCACCUUGGGCAGGAGCGAGAGCUUCGAGACGUUGGCCUACAUCGGGAUCCCAGAUCUCAGAAGCGCUGCAGUCUUCCUUGGAGCUGUGAAGUGCGGCUAUAGAGUUCUGCUCCCCUCGCCGCGCAAUCCACCAGCCACCAAUAUGUCUCUGAUGGAGCAGACAAAUUGCACCAGGGUAUUGCACGCUGCAGAAGUUGCACCAGUCAUCAAACCCUUGGUCGCACUCCGCAAGGAUUUAGUCUGCUUGGAGAUCCCCUCCUUUCGGGACAUGCUCGGUAGCCGCCCAGAGCCAUUUCCCUACGAGAAGCCCUUUGCAGACGCUCAGGACGAUCCGAUCGUAGUACUUCACUCCUCUGGCUCUACUGGACUCCCGAAACCUAUCACCAUGACCCAUGCGACUUUUGCCGUCCUCGACAACGAACGCUACCUUCCGAAGGUCCCCGGACGAAGGAAUAGAGACUACUCGAUCUGGGAUUUCAACGGCGGGGGUCGCUUUUAUACUGUCUUUCCGUAUUUCCAUCUUGCUGGCUUCUUGUCCCUGCUCAUCAAUCCCAUCUUUACGGAGUCGUCAAGUCCGGUUUUGGGUCCGCCGCUCAUGCCCCCAAGUGGGGCGCUCCUGAAAGAGGUCAUGCGCCACCAAAAACUACGUGCUCUGUACCUCCCACCCUCGAUCGCCGAGCAGCUACUCAUGGAGCCAGGCGGGCUUGAGUUCUUCAAAGAGCUUGACUUCCUGUGCUACACCGGUGGCCCUUUCUCGCCAAAUGCUGGAGAACAAUUGUCGAAAGUCACUGAGCUGUGUCCUCUCUAUGGAUCUACAGAAGCCUUUCAAGUCCCGCAGCUCGCGCCAUCUGCUGAAGACUGGGCAUGGAUGGAAUGGAAUCCACACUUCAAGGUCGAGAUGCAGCCAUCAGAGGAUGAGGCUGAUUCUUUCGAGCUGGUCCUUUUUGCCGACGAGAGCACCAGGACGAUAUCCGCUCUGAACCACAACAUGCGUAGUAUAGCCGAAUACCAUACGAAAGAUCUCUUCAAGCAGCAUCCGGAGAAGCCCGGCCUAUGGAGAUACUACGGUCGGAAGGAUGAUAUCAUCGUUCUGUCCAAUGGCGAGAAGUUCAAUCCCGUACCAAUAGAACUGACAAUUCAGGGCCAUCCGGCCCUGGCCGGAGCCUUAGUCAUUGGCCAAGGGAGAUCACGCGCCACGCUGCUGAUCGAGCCUAAGCCUGAUGUAGCUGAUGAGAAGCGCAAUGGGUUAUCCGAAAGCAUUUGGCCUCUUGUGGAAGACGCGAAUCGUCUAGUGCCCGCCCAAGGUCGCAUUCUCCGAGGAAACAUCAUCGUUGCCAAGCUCAACAAGCCUUUCAGUAGGGCAGGGAAGGGAACCAUAGUCAGGAAACUGACGGAGCAGCUUUACAACCUGGAAAUAGAGGAGCUGUAUGCGACUACUUCCGCCGCUCCACCACAGCAGGAGCUUCCUCGCCUACAAGCCACCAUGAAGCCCCACUUCGAGAUAGGUACGGUCCUAAGCUAUGUCCGGAGCAUCAUCUCUAGCUCAUUUCCCGAACUUUCAGGUAUCGAAGACGACGACGAUCUUUUCUCUUCUGGGCUUGACUCUGUAAUGAUAGGCCAACUUCUUGGAAACUUGAAGGGUGGGCUGAAAGAAAGCUCACCCGCCAGCGACUUGUCGUGGCUUGGCACUCGCAUCGUGUACCGAAACUCAUCGAUCCGGAGGCUAUCGAAUGUUCUCGCCCAUUUCCUGAAUUCUGGAGAACUCCAAACAGAAGGAACAACGCAGUUCCGGAUUACCGCCAUGGACGAGUUAGUCCAGAAGUACACUCAAGGCCUUACAAAGGCAUCAACGCCCGCGAAGGAAGACGCUGGUCCUCGAAGCGUAGCACUGGUAGGCUCCACGGGCUACCUUGGCCCUCAGAUCCUCGCGGCUCUCUUGGAAAACCCCAGUGUUGCAUCGAUCGUCUGUCUCAAUCGCGGCUCUGAUGCUGGCGAUAGGACAGCAAAAGCUCUAGAGAGCGCUGGCUUUCCUACGAAUGAGCACUUCAAAGACGUCAAAUUUCUCGCCGCCGAUCUCGGUAGUGCGAAUCUCGGACUAAGCGAGAGGGACUUCAACUUGCUCUCAUCGGAAGUCGACACGAUCGUCUAUAAUUCUUGGAAUCCGAAUUUCAGCCUCCCUCUUCCUUCCUUCGAAAAGCCGUUCCUAUCGGGUCUACGACACAUCAUUGACUGGUCGAGACACAGCCCUAAACGGCCGCGCAUCACCUUCAUCUCCUCCAUCGCUGCUGUUGGAAAUUGGUCAAAGGUCUUCCCCAAGGAACCUGAAAUACCAGAGGCGCCGAUCGAAGAUGGCAAUGUCGCCAUGCAUAUGGGCUAUGGCGAAUCGAAGGGUAUCGCCGAGCGAGUCUUGCAGAUUGCACAUAGGGAAUGUGGGAUACCCGUCAAUAUCAUACGCAUCGGUCAGAUUGGCGGCACGAUUACGUCCUCCGGUAGCACGUGGCCCGCCCAAGGGUGGCUGCUGGGUAUCAUUCGAACUUCAAAGGCCUUGGGUGUGCUUCCAACCCAUGUCUCUCCCGUGGACUGGAUCCCAGUUGAUGCGCUUGCUAUGCAAAUCUCCGACACCGUGGCAAACGCAGACAGCACAUCGGGCUACCAUAUUUUCAACUUGGUUCACCCUGAAGUCGCUGCUUGGGGCAUGUUCCUAGAUACGCUGCGUAGCCGCUUCGGUGUCGAUGGGCAACGCAUUAGCCUCCCUCAAUGGCUUGAUAGAUUGGACGAGAAGGCGCAAGCGGACGCUACGGAGCAGAAGAAGUAUGCCGCAUUGAAGUACUCCGACUUCUUGCGAUCUAUGGGAGAGGGAAGAGAGGACAUGAGGUGCAAGUCUGAGAACAUUUCGAAGAUAUCUCAGGUAAGCAUGAUACCUCUCAGCGAGCAGCUGUUGGCGGAGUGGCUUGCUGGGUGGAAGUUUUAG